CCCAGUCGCAGUUUGCUCGAAUCAGUUGAAAGAGUGCACGUUAUUCUCUGGGAGCUGUGAAAGUGAAACUCAGACUUGCCGUUACGGUGACCACGACGUCCGCUGAUUGAAUCAAAAAGUGUCCAAGUGAAUUGCGAACGAUUUUCAAGAAUAAGCCAAUGCAGCGUUUUCACCACUUCUCUAUAAAAGUUACCUCAGCUUACCUCGGUCGGUAAGAACCUCGACGAACAUUGUCGAUUCGUUCGGUCUACGACUGAAGAAAUCCUAGAAAAGUGCGUCACCAGACGGUACGUAAGGAUUCUGUGUACCGUUCCCAUUCCUAGAUGGAACCUAACCGUUAAACCGGGUUCGAAGUGUGAAUAGAAUCGCUAGAUGGACUGUUGUCACAAUUGGUUUGGUUAGUAAGGUUAGGUUAAGUCGCCGACGGAGUUGGCCAGGAUUCGAGGACGCGGCACGUUUUUGAUCAUCUUUUUCUAGAGGAAAAUUUAUUAUUCUUCGAUUUUUUUUCCAUCACCAAUCGAAGCGCAACAGUUUGGCCAGUUAUCUUCGGUCAUGGAGGAUCUGAAAAUAGUGAACAUAUCCGUGUGGGAAACAACGAAGCUACAUUUUCUGACAUUCGUUUACGGUGUUUACCUAAUCGUAAAGAGGUUCAUCAAGUGGGCAUGGAACCCCAACCAAUUCUUCGUGCUACAAGAACGCGACAAUCCGCCGUUAUGUUUGGUCGAUAACAGCUUGGGUAAACACUCCUACGUUAAGCUUAAGGGCGUCAAACUGCACUACGUCGAAGCUGGUGAUCGAGACAAACCGCUUUUGCUCCUUCUUCACGGAUUUCCCGACUGUUGGUUGUCAUGGAGAGAACAAAUUCCGGCGCUCGCCGAACACCACAGAGUCGUAGCUUUGGAUCUGAAGGGUUUUGGCGACAGCGAUAAACCAGCCAACAGAAGAGCCUACAGAAUCGAAACCUUGCUGGACGAACUAAAGCAACUAAUUCUAGCCCUAGGGGUAAAAAAUUGCAGCAUAAUUGGCCACGACUUGGGAGGACUUCUAGGGUGGUACAUGGUAGCUCUCCACGAGGAAUUGGUGUACAAAUUUGUCGCAAUCUCGAGUCCACAUCCAAAUUUUUAUUGGGAAGGAUUCACCGGCGACAGUAUCUUCAACGACAAAUGGAUUCACUUUAGUCAGCUACCAUUUUUACCGGAAAUAGACGCCCUUAAAGAAGAUCUCUCGAUAAUAACCGACACUUACAAGCAUCUACAAAUCAACCAGACGGACAAUGAGAAGAAUUACGUCGAGGCGUACAAAUAUUCGUUUAGCAGAAAAGAGGAUUGGACAGGAGCGAUAAAUUAUUAUCGCAACCUGCCGUUCGCUCGUAUAAAUCCAAAAUCUCCGGACCAAAUCCUUACCCGAACGCUGCUCAUAAUUGGAAACCAGGAUCCAAAAGUCUCGUUAGAAAACGUAGUAAAAAGCUCGGAGCACUGCGAAAAAUUUAGCCUGAAGGUGAUCUGCGAUGCACAACAUUUUCCUCACCAGGAAAAACCGGAUAUCGUUAACCAAACGAUCCUGAAAUUCUUGAUAGGCACACCGUCAAGCGUCGAGAAAACAGCAAAUAAAAACAUCGUCUCAUCGUGGCUCGGCUCCAUUAGCAGCACAGUAAAGUACGGAAAUCAGAUGAUCGAUGCUGUUCAUAAAAAAACCAACGGUAUGGUGAAUGGUCUGCCAGGUAAAAUACGAUACAUGGGACAAACGCCGUCUUGAUCUAAUUUGCAUUCUGUUUGAUUCUGAACAAUCUUCUAUACCGGUUGAUUCGUAUCGCUGGUACGAUAAAAAAAGGAACAAGAAAAGUGUCUGUCUUCUAUAAGAACAGCAACGGGUGAAGUUGGGAAUUCGAUAAAUUUUGAAAAUUUCGUAACUCCCAGAAAACUAGAAAUUUGUAUUAUUCGACAUAUCGGAAAUUUGGAAAUUUCUCAAAUAUAAAUUACAUUCCUUUUUUUUUUUCGAAUUCGAAUUAUUUCGAGAAUAGCGAAAAUUCUCAGUAGUUUCGUAAAUAUUCGACGGUAUGAAACGAGUUUCAGGAUUAGAUAAUAAAGAUACGAGGUCUGGUCUCUGAACUUUCGAGUUCACUAUUAAAAAGAGGAAGAAAAUUAGAUGGAUUGGAGUGAGUAAACAAAUUGGAAAGAAAAUCGAAUCGUCAGGAUAUAUCGUCCAAUUAUGUUUACCUAUAGUUAUUGUAAAUAUAUAAUUAUCUAUUUUUACAUAGAUCACUUGUAGCUGUGUUUAAAUACUCUGUAUGAGUGUUAUUUUUCGUUUCUAAGUGUUACAUAUUUUUCUAUUCGUUUUUUCGACGUACGUGUAGAAAAUCUAGGUCAUUCCAUUACGUUAAGUUUAAGCUCUGCGCUUGUUGAGAAGCCCCCACAAUAUAGUCCGCGGCCGAAAUUCUCAAUAUACGAAACAGUCUAGCCCGUAACGGUGACGUAACAGUGACCCAAAAAUCUACUUUCGUCAAUUCGUCUAAACGUUUCUCGACUAAAUUUUCUCAACAAUUUCAACAAACUCGCUGAUCGAAAGAACUUUUUUUUUUCAUACUUUUAUUUCUAGGUAAGGGCUUUUUUCCUUCGAGAAUUUCAAGUUGUGAUAAAAUAAUGAUUUGAAUGACUCGCAGACACUUUGCCCGCGUCGAAGUAACCGCAUUCCGUAAUAAACAACGCAUUCCGAUGAUCUGUUCGUGUUUUCUGUUUAAUUUUAUCCAAAAGUUAUUCGCUUGUUUGUUCUUUCUUUUUUUUUGUCUUUUGUUUGUUUAAAUUUUAUAUACAAAAAAAUACCCUUAUUUUCGUUAGAUAUGUUACAAUUACCACGUGAUUUGCAGCAAUAAUUGUUAUUGUUUUAAAUAUUUACACGGUCGUAGUUUAGUUUUCAUACCUUUAGUACUUUCCUAACUGUAAUAUUUGAACCAUAUUCUAUUAUUUAUUUAAAUAAGUUUGAUGGAAAUUCGUUCCUCGAGGUACCCUACAAAUCACACAUUCACGCGUGCCUGAAUUAUGCAAUCAUUAUUGUCACAUUUCCAAGGUCGACGUCGUCAUUUCUUUAUGUCAAAUUUUUUUCUACCACCGUAUCAUACCCAUUUCUCAUCGUAUUUACGUACACGUACCAGAUAAUCACAUGACGCUCAGUAAAUAUUGCUCAACUUAUACGCGUAUAAGUAUUAGGUAUAUAACGGAUCGAAGCGAGAGAAAAACAAAGUAAUUGUAAUUAUACAAAUCUAAUGCAAUAUAUAUAAAUAUAUAUAUAUUAUACCGCAUGUAUAUGAUUGUAUUUAUAAAAUUUAUAUCUCAAGAAUGUUUCUGUAUAUAUUUACAUAUACAUAUAAUGCAUGAUGUUAAACAUAAAAUACACAUUAAACACCGAGUUAACUAAAAAUAUUCUUUCCGCAUAAUCUUGUUGUUAAAUUAUUACAUGCUACUGUUAUAAUUAACGACUUUCUACGAAUACAGAGACGAAUGGUGAUCGAUUGCGACAAUGAUUACGGGAAUGAGGUAGUCGAAAAUAGA